AAUAUAAAUAAGUGGUAGAAUCAAUAGAUAACACUUUAAACAUGUGACCAUGUGACCUUACAUGUUCGAGUCUCUAUCACUGUAUAUUAUCAACUAUAUAAACUAACUUCACAAGUUUCACUUGUGACUGCACUGAUAGAGCAAGAUGAUUUCCUUUAUUUGUCCUCUUUCAUGGACAAGUACUUCAGUGGAAAUGCGUUUAAAUUCCUCAUAUUCUUUAAACUCUUAACCUUUAACAAAAGAGUUUUGAAUCUCGCUUGCUCUCGAGAGAGAAGUGAAUCACACUUGCUCUGUGUUGUGAUUGGCUGUUGGCCACUGAUGUCACACAUUCAUGUGCAUGUGCUCGCUCCAUUAACUCAGGAUCAAGCCUGAGUUGACAGAGAAAGUUGAUGAUCAGCUUCAUGGUACCAACAAAGCCAGAUUGGAGUGGUUUGGUUUUGUCAACUCAAAACUUAUCCUAUAACUCUGAAUUUGUUCAUCUACCAUCAUGGUACAGGCCCCAGGGGUGUAUUCCAGAAAGCAAGGUUAACUUACCAUCUGCUAAACCCUAAACUCUCGGUUGAUUAACCCAAACCUCGCUUACUUGAGGUAUGUUGGUUCCAAAAACACGUCCGGGAGUAAGUUAAGUUCUUUCAACCCAGAGUAUGUUCCUGGUUAAGACUCAAGACAUUCUCAACAAACCAAUGAAUCUACGAGUCACUAUGGAAACGGACGCUAAGAAAAAGCAUUCUAUGCUGCUUCUUUCUUCUUCUGUUCAUUUGCAUACUUGGUUCAAAUGCAAUCUUUUCCCAUUUAAUCUUUAAACCUUAAGAAUAAGAAUUAUAUUGUUUGUAUGAUGCUAAUUAUAUAAGACGACAUAUAUUUUUAUUAUAGAAAUACAUCAUAGAAAAUGCUGAUCCAUGUGUGAGAUAAUAUAACAUGAAAUAAAUAUAUAUAAUAUAAUAAACUAAACAUUACCUUGUCAUAAUAUUGUUUUAUCAUUUAUACAGAUAACUAUUAUAUAUUCCAAUAAAAUAAAUAUAGUAACCAUAUUUGAAUAAUAUAUUACCAUAUUAAUAAUAACAUAUUACUUUAUAUAUUACUUAUAUUAGUGUUUUAUAAUUAACAUAUCAUACAACUAGUAAGGGAUAAAGGAUUUUAAUGCACGACGUGGAGACAAAGAAGCGUUUAAUGCCUCGAAGUGCAUUGAAAUCCUUUAAUGCACGGCUAGCCGUUGAUUAUCCCGCUUAUUCCAUGGUCUAUUGGUCAUUUGCCAAGUUAUAGACGAGUUCAAACUUGUGUUGCUCUUUUUCAAAAUGACGGUUAUUUUCGUCAGUUACGGCUCGUAGCAUUCUGCCCGCUUCAAAUCAGACACAGAGGUGAAAUAGUGCGACUGAACCCUGUCGACACAUAAGACAUUCUCCAAGAGAUCUCGAGGCUGGGUUGUUUUAUUGACGUUCAUGAGGAGACAUGAGGAAGUGCAGUCCAUGGAUGUUUCUGCCUGUAAUGUUUUCUUUCUUCACAGCUGCUGGUCUCUGGGUCGUGUAUUUCAUUGCUGUGGAGGAUGAGAAAAUCACCCCACUCAGUUCAGAGUACAAGAGGUCAGAAUCAAAAUCUCCUCCAUAUAUCAGCAUUGCAGGCAAUGCCCCACCUGCCAGCUGUGUGUUCAGUCAAGUCAUGAACAUGGCAGCCUUUGUAGGCUUUAUUCUGGGAGUGCUGCGAUAUCUGCAGCUGAAGCCGAGAGUACAUAAACCCUGGCUCAACAUCGGUAGUCUGGUGGCUUUGUCUCUUGCUUGCUUUGGUAUGACUUUAGUUGGGAAUUUCCAGCUGUCCAACGAUGAGGAGCUGCAUAAUAUUGGCACGUCCAUGACCUUUGGCCUAGGAACACUGUUCUGCUGGGUUCAGUCUUUCGUGACCCUAAAGGUCAACCUGCGGAAUGAAGGCAGGCGAGCAGGAAUCCCUCGCUUCCUGUUGUCCGGAGCUGUAACUUCCUGCAUGUUGCUUUACUUCGCUCUGAUGGCUCAGCGGCUGCACAUGCACGCGGCCCGCGCUCAGUGGGCACUGGUCAUGUUCUUCCUGACGUACCUGGGCACGUUCGCCAUUGAGUUUCGCCACUACCAUUUCGAGAUCGUCUGCAGCGACGACCAGGACCCUCCACUCAGCCUCUCCGAGAGCUUCUCCGAGGUCUCCGAGUACCAGUCGGACCAGCUCUAGUCUCACUCUUCAGUAUCUGUGGAGCCUCGUACUUCUUCCAGUGAUCAGUCCUGCAUGUAAACUGACUGUAAUCUCUCUACAAAGACCUUCGGACGAGUACAUCUUCUGAAUGUGUAGAUAGGCUUGUCGCAAAAGCAACAAAUUCACGAAAUGCACAACGAUUUACUGUGACGUGUUCCAUGUGUGUGUGUGUCAGAUGAGCGAAGCAACAAUGACACUUUCAAGGAGAAGAGAUGAAUACCGAAACAGUUUUUGGCAAGAUAAUCCUUCAGAAACAUGCUGUUGUUAUUUACUAACCCUUUUGGUCACUUCAAAGAGCUUCUGAAGAAUCUGUACACGGGAUACGGGUUUGGAAACUUCAUUUAAAGAGACAGUGCACCCUAAAAUAAAAAUUGUGUUAUCAUUUACUCACACUCAAGUUGUUCCAAAACUGUAGUUUCUUUUUUUUUUGAACAUAAAUAAAGCUAUUUUGAAGAAUGUUGGUAAGCAAACA